CCAGUUGUGCCAAUCUCAAUACGCCUCACACGCACUCGUCAGCUGCGAUUCCAGAUUUUCGACACAAUUCAAGCACAACAUAUAGUGACAUAACUAUCAUUAAAUAUUAAGUUAAUAAUAUUAACUAAAAUUGUUACCACGUGCGUGGUGUGGUGGGUGCAGACCAAUUUUGCAAUUGUCAUUAACUGUGAGUGAUUUUUCUAAUCGUAUCGUAAGCUGUCACUAUGUUGGCUGAAGAUGAUGAUUGCGACUUCAUCAAUGUCCCUGCCGAAACCCCUCUUAGCCCUGAAGAAGCUAUCAUACGCAGGCACCGAAAAGAGAAACGAGAUUUACAAGGGACAAUUCAAAGCAUGAAGAAAAAUGUGAACCAAAAAGAUAAAAAGAAGAAAAAGGAAUUGGCUGAAGAGAUUGUUAAAUUGGAAGCUGAACUGGAUGCCAGGCAUAAAGCUGAGUUGACUGCCUUUCUUCCAGGAAAAUUGGACCUCCCAACAUCUAAGAUUCCAGAAACCGUGGUAGAAGAGACUAUUCACGACACGUCGUCUUGUACAAAGAAUGAGCAGGACGGAAAAAUGUCGCGAGCUAGGAGACGACGUGAAAAGAAAGAGGUUGACGAGAAAGAAAAGAAAAAAAGGAUAGAUGCCGAAUCCUUCGUGCUCUUGGAAAAUUCUCAGAUGAAGGCAGAGGACGAUGCCUUUGUAAAAAUUAUGAAUGAUCUCAACUUGAACAUUGUUGAUGUUGACCCCGACGGAAACUGCUUAUAUAAUGCGGUGAAGGAACAACUACAGCGAUUUGGGGACAGCAUGGAAGCGCAAGAACUUAGGAGUUUGACAGCAAAGUAUUUAAUAGAUCAUAAAGAUGAAUUUAUCAUGUUCAUGGAGGAAGAAUACACUUCAGACGAGGGUUUUCUUGUUUACUGUGAUAAACUGGAAAAUACUCCUGCGUGGGGUGGACAGUUGGAGGUCCGCAUAUUGUCCCUAAUUUUGGAGCGUCCUAUUAAAGUCCUUCAGGCUGAAGGAGUUCCAGUCACUUUCGGGGAAAAUUUCUCCAAAAAAGAAUUGACCUUGACGUAUCAUCGGCAUCGAUACCAAUUGGGAGAACAUUACAAUUCCACAAAACCUGUCGUCAAAUAGUAUACAAUUAAUUAAUGGUCUGGUCUCUGGUCCUCGUGAAUUACUCGGAUUGAUUAACGGAAUUUUUCAGUUAUCGUCGUAAGUCAUCUUGCUUCUAUUAUUUGUACAGUGGCAGCAACAUUUUAUUUCACAGUUCGCGAUGUAAGAAUUAAAAAUAAACUAAAUGCAAAUUGAGCUAAACAUCA